AGUUUGUGAACACGCCUGAUAAAGAAAGCUCCUAUCGGGUCGUGACGUCAGAGGAGCAGAUCCUCACGUGGUCCCGCUGCCACCGAGCAGAAGACACUUCUCGUGUUCUUCCUCCUCCUCCUCUUCCUCGUCUUUCUGCAGGGGGGGAAACAAUCCGAAGCUGGGAAAAAAAAGGCGCAGCCACUUUCGGUUGCGCAUUUUGGAAAAGCGGGUCUCGCGGGGCCCCGUUUCCCGGUGGAGCAUCCGGGGAGGUUUUUGUUAAUGGGAAGAAUCCGUCUUUUUCUCUUUGCUAAGUUCUCCGCCUGCGACGCACACUCAACCCAGAGAUGGUGCUUCAAAGGGUCUUUCGUGCUGUCAUCAUGGGACCUCCGGGGUCCGGGAAGGGAACCAUGUCCGCACGCAUAUCCAAAACUUUUGGACUGAAACACAUUUCUAGUGGGGACAUUUUGAGAGCCAACAUCAAAGACCAAACCGAACUCGGCCUGUUGAUGAAGUCCUCCAUCGAUCGGGGUCAGCUGGUACCCGAUGACGUCAUGUCCCGUCUCAUGCUGAGUGACCUGAGGGCCUUGGACCACAGCAGCUGGCUGAUUGACGGCUUCCCGCGCACGGUGUCCCAGGCAGAAGCUCUGGACGACGCCUUCACUGUGGACACGGUCAUCAACCUCAAUGUCCCGUUCCAGACCAUCAAACAGAGGCUGUCCUCACGCUGGACUCACCUCUCCAGCGGCAGAGUCUACAACGUCGACUUCAACCCCCCUAAAGUCCCUGGUUUGGACGAUGUGACGGGCGAGACUCUGGUCCAACGGGAGGACGACACACCAGAGACGGUCACGCGGAGACUGAAGGCCUAUCAAAACCAGACGGAGCCCGUCUUAGAGUUCUACAGGAGCAAAGGCGUACUAGAGAUCUUCUCCGGGACAGAAACCAACAAGAUCUGGCCGCACGUGGAGGCUUUUCUCCGCAGAAAAGUCUCCCCCGUCGAGCAGACCGCUGCAUAGGGAGCCGGAAGGGAAAGGAGGGGUGGGGGUCAGAAACCACCCCGUCCCAUCGGGAGCCACUUUCUGCGACACAAGAGGAGAGCCGUCGGUGAGGCGAUGCGCGUCCUGGAUGAUGACGAGGACGACCAAGCCGGAGGCACGUCGAGCGUAAACGUUGGUCGGAGGAGAAGCCGCCGCUGGCGUUAGUGUGGGAGAUACUCAGGUGUGCCUACGAGCUUUCACACAUUAACUCGCUAAGAGUUUAUUUAAAAAAAAAAAAAAAAAGUGCCUUAAAGCCAGGAUGCUUCACCGAAUCAAAUAUCAAGAUAUCUAACAGUAGAAUAUGGAAUUCUUAAUGUUUAGGUUUUGUAGCUGCAAUCAUGAUUUAUUUUUUAAUACGAGACAGAAUAUACGAAAGGGAAUCGAUCCAAGUUGUACAAAUUACUGGAAAUUCACUUUUGCACUUUUAAGGGCUUUUAACUGCUUCCGAAAAGGGUCACCGAUAGCUCAGUGAAUGUAGUUUGUAGAUUCUUUCCAUGAAUGUGGACCAGAUUGAAUAAUGUAUGAACCACACUUAAUUUAAAUAGUUUUACAUUUUUUUAAUCAAACCAUCAUUCUUUUAAUCACGUUCUUACUCGCAUUGCCUCUGAAAUGCAGUUUCCAUUUCAACCAGUCGCUCCUUGUGAUUACAAUGUAAUAUAAAUGUAUGAUAUUUAAUUAUUGCUACUUGACCAUUUAAAACUUUAUUGAAAGAAAAGUGUACUAACUCAUAACAUUCUAAGCACAUUUGGUACGAGGUUGUCUUUUUGUUUGAAGCAUCACAAAGUUGAUCUGCCCUUCUGUGUCUUUGCACUUGAGUCUUAAGAAUGUUUCACUGGGUUUAAAGCAACAGAAAUGCCUUUUAAAUGUAAUCUAAUGACUCCUGAAUUGUACUGUGCAAAUGUCUGAUACUAAAUGAUAUUAUUGUACACCAGAAUAACACAAGUCAUUUCCCAGUCAUUGAUUUAAUUGGACUAAUUUGGAUACUUGUGUCCUAAAACAGACAGUUGAAAGAAUCCUUCUCCACUGAUUGCUUUUAUAACAUGUGAUAAAGAGAAUCAUGAACAAUC